AUGGCACAACACUCACGCGCUCGAUCACAAUCUAUACCGCCGCCGGCACCCCAGCACGGUCCGUUGACACUUAAGGCGGACUCCACGUCCAGCAUCCAUCUCGAGACCUCUGUCUCAACCCGAUCUCGCGGACCCCUCGCCAGCCAAGUCGAUAGCAACGACCUCCCCGCCUCCCGCCGCCUCUCGCACCAGAACAUGGCCAUACACACGCAGCUGGCCGGUCGCCUCUCAGGCAUCGUAAGAACGUGGGUCUUGACGGGUUAUAUCGUCAGGAUAUCAUCGCCGCCGACGUACUACCUACCGAGGACGGGCGGCGGCCGGGGCCCAUUCGUCGUCCCGGUUGCUGCGCCCGUUCCAGGCGGUCGAGACACUGGCGCCGUGCACGAACCGACGACGGACCAGCACCUCCUCGACCGCUUCGCCGAAUCACUCCGUACACCCAUCCUUUCCCGUUACCCGCGCCCAAAAUCAUUCCACACAUCGACGCGCGUCUCUCGCCGCCACCCAGUUCUGAGCAUGUCACCGAACGAGCUCGAGUUCCACCCCGACGUCCUUCGCGCACGGCGGCUGCUCGCCGCGGGGGUGCCGAGGCUUCCGGAUUUCAAGCUGCCGGAGUUUGGGCAACAGGGGUGGAAGUUGAUGCCACAAGGAACGUGGGAGGAGACGGUGAGGGCGUGGUUGUGGAGCCUUCUUGAUGGGGGGGAGGGUGGGGUGGGUGGGGCGGGCGAGGGCGUGUCGUGGGCGGAUAUGGUCGCCGCCAGGGCGAAGGCGCCGAUGGAGGUGCGCUGGAGGUUCGAUGAGCGCGUGGAGUUUUGUAGGAGGUUCUUUGGAGGGACGUUUGUCAGGAGGUUGUUUCUGCCGGUGAGGAGGGGGGAGUAG